CUUUCGUACUAGUAAGUAAGUAGGAGUAAUUAUAAAUCUUAUUGCUAAUGUCUUUACCAACUGCAUGCUUACACUAGAUAGUCUAGCUAUAAGCCUAUAACAACCAUGCAGUAGUGCAAUAUUACUAGCUAAUAAUCCUCCUCCUCCUCCUCUCAAAGUCUCUCAACCAUACAAAUCCCUUGGUAAACUUUUUUUAGGUUCUUCACCACAAAACACUCUUCUUCUUUAUCUCUUUCUUUAAUUUUUUUUUCCUUACAGUAUUAAACUAAAAGUGAAAUCAAGCUGCUGCUUUUCUUUUUUGGAAAAGGGUUUGUUCAGAUUUUGUCCACACAGAAUCCAUUUGUGCAUACUGCUGCUAUCUUUUGAUCCUACUAUAAAUAAUUGGCUUUGCACAACUAGUACUGGCUUGGGUUCAUCAUUAGAUUGUGGGCACCAUUUAUCUCUUUUCUCUUCUUCAACCAUAUAUACCUAUACAUAAUAUAAGAAUAAACAUUUAGAAUCAAACGAGAAAAGAUUGACAAACGGAUAAGAGACCAUUAAAUAUGUAUGAACAACAAGAGAGAAGAGUGAAGAUCUAGUGUUGGUGGAGUUAAGCUAGUUAGGCCAUUUGUUCAUCAGCAACAACCAUGGCUGUAGCUCAUCAACCACCAAAUAGUCGGUUACAGACAAUGUUACAGUCAGCUGUUCAAGCUGUUCAAUGGACUUACAGUCUCUUUUGGCAAGUCUGUCCUCAACAAGGAAUCUUAGUAUGGGGGGAUGGUUACUACAAUGGAGCAAUAAAGACAAGAAAAACAGUUCAACCAGUUGAAGUUAGUACAGAAGAAGCAUCACUACAAAGAAGCCAACAACUUAGAGAACUAUACGAAUCGUUAUCGGCCGAAGAAACAAAUCAACCCACUCGUCGACCUUGUGCUGCGUUAUCACCCGAAGACUUGACGGAAUCCGAGUGGUUUUAUCUCAUGUCUGUUUCUUUCUCGUUUCCACCUGGUGUAGGGCUACCAGGAAAAGCAUAUACAAGGCAACAACAUAUUUGGCUUACCGGCGCAAAUGAAACUGAAAGCAAGAUUUUCAGCAGAGCAAUUCUUGCCAAGAGUGCUCAUAUACAAACGGUAUUAUGCAUUCCCCUCCUCGACGGCAUUAUUGAAUUCGGCACAACAGAUCGAGUACAAGAAGACCUUGGAUUGAUCCAAUAUGUGAAGGGAUUCUUCACAGAUUAUAGACACCAACCAACACCUGCCCGUUCGGAACACUCAACAUCAAACCCGGCAUCUACUUCUUCAGAACAAUUCAACUUCAAUUCUACACCAGGGUUACUCUCUGCAAUGUAUUCCGCAGCCCACCCGAUUCCCCAUUCUGACGAUGAGGAGGAGGAAGAAGAAGAGGAUGAAGAGGACGAAGAAAAUGGGUCGGAAUCAGAUUCACAAGCUGAAACGGGUCGUAACAGUUAUGCGGAUGCAGCUGCAACAGCAGUAGUUAUGCAAGACCCGAUCCAUUUAUGUGACCCGAUGAUUGAAGGUUUAGUUACAACAACAGCUGAAAGAAGUGAAUUAGUUCAGCAUGAAAUGUCUGAAGAUAUUCGGAUUGGCUCGCCUGAUGAUGUUUCUAACAAUAAUUUAGACCCGGAAGUGAGAAUGUUUGAUAUAACCCACGGAUCUGAGUCGGGUCGUAAAUGGUCAGCUGAUCAGUUAAUCAGUGGCGGCGAUCUUCAGAUACCAAAUUCAGACACCCCUCAGAAUGAAGAGUUAAUUCAUGAGGACAGCCACUACUCGCAAACAGUCUCAACAAUUCUUCAACAAAAUCCAAAUCAAUGGCCAGAUUACACACCAACAGCAGCACUAGGAGGAGGCUACAUCGGAUACACACUAUCAUCUUCUUCGUCAUCGUCAACAACAUCGCAAUCAGCAUUUGCAAAAUGGAGUAGUCAAAAUAAUCAUCUCCUUCAUUUACCACCACCUUUGGACGUCACAUCGUCGCCACCACAAUGGCGGCUCAAAUACAUCUUGUUUCACGUACCGUAUUUACAUAACAAAAGCCGGGAUGAGAGUUGUACAAGAUCAAGAGAUGGUAGCGAACAGGGACAGAACAAGUUACGGAAAGGUGCCUCGGCAGAAGAUUUGAGUGCAAAUCAUGUACUCGCUGAGAGAAGACGGCGCGAAAAAUUGAACGAACGGUUUAUCGUUUUGCGAUCGUUAGUCCCGUUCGUCACGAAAAUGGACAAAGCUUCUAUACUUGGGGAUACCAUCGAGUAUGUUAAACAGCUCAAGAAGAAGAUACAAGAAUUAGAAUUGAAGAAUCAAUCGGAUAUUGAUCAAAGAAUGAAAAAUAUGGUCGGGUUCAAUGUCACUAGUGGUGGUGGUUCUAAUCAAAUGGUUCAUGAUCCGAUCGGGUUCCCCGGAUCCGAAAAGAGGAAAUUGAGAAUUGUAGAAGGGAAUGCUGGUGCAAAAGCUAAGGUGCUUGAAGGACCGCUGGUUAUUGGUAACAUCGUUCAGGUGUCAAUCAUCGAAUCCGAUGCAUUAUUGGAAUUGAGGUGCUUGUACAAAGAAGGGAUACUCCUAGAGAUCAUGCAGACGCUUCGAGAUCUUCGCUUAGAAAUCACGGCCGUUCAAUCCUCUUCGAGCAACGGCAUUUUCGUUGCCGAGUUGAGAGCUAAGGUGAAAGAGAAUUAUAUUGGAAAGAAGCCAACAAUUAUGGAAGUUAAGAAGGCAAUACAUCAAGUCUUAUCUCACUAGCUAGCUAGUAGUCACUACAUUAUACAUAAGUUAUGUGAUCUUUCGUCAAAUUACAGACGAAAGAAACAAGAAGCAUUAAAUUUCCUAGCUUAUUGCAGAUCUAAAACCUUAGAUCAUAUAGAUGUAUAUGCUCACCGAUGGCUAAUGACUUCUCAAGUUGCAAUGGCCAAUAAGUAAGGAAAUUUAUUUAGCUUCGUACAGAAAGCUAUCAUAAUGCCAUAUGAUUUAUGACUUGAAAUGUGUUUGAUUAAAAUUCCGUGCCUUUUUAGAUUGUAUAACCAUCGAUUAAACAUUCAAUUUUAAAUU